UUACCGGACUGUGAGCCCGGUUUCAGUUCUCUAGUGUUUGUAUGGUUGUAAACAGUGGGCGGAUAAAGCACACAUAACGGCGGUGAAACUUACACAUCAUGUCGUUAUAACUUCAUUUGAAGGUAAAAUGAAUAAUUCGGUCACUUCCGGUACUUACAUUCGCAACCUCAGUUACAGUUUACGUCGCAAGUUGUCCGAUUUUUUGGACCCUGAAGACAGCUGGAAAGACGUUAUCGUCUCGAUACGGAAGCCGAGUGGGGAGUUCAGAUACACUUGGCAUCAUGUUAGGAGAUUUGAAGGCCUUGUCGCACAGGGUAAAAGUCCCACAGUGGAGCUGCUGGCUGACUGGGGGACCACCAACAGUACAGUGGGUGAACUUGUGGACAUAUUGAAGAGUCACAAGUUACUGGCUGCUGCUAGUGUCCUGCUACCUGUGGAAGAGGCUGCCCCAGCAGAACCACAGCAGGCCACUCGAGCAGUACAGCCAUGCAGUGCCGCUCCGACGAGACCACUGGUAGAGACAGAGACACAUCCGCCGCCUGCCACCUCUGCUCUGCAGACACAGAUUCUCCUGGAGAGCAGUGAACCAGCACACACAGAUUUCUUCAGCUUCUUGUACAAUGAGCUGAUGAGGAUUACGGGCAACUUUGAUGACCGUCCCAUAUCAGACGGCGGCAACAGACUCGGAGAGGGAGGCUUCGGCACUGUGUACAAAGGCCUCCUGAAUGACAAACCUGUUGCAGUGAAAAAGCUCAAUCCAAUGGAUGACAUCUCCCUGGACGAGCUGCAAGUUCAGUUUAACCAGGAGAUCCAAACUCUGAAAGUGUUGAAACAUGAGAACUUGGUUGACAUGGUUGGAUUUUCCUGUGAUGGACAGCACCCGUGUUUGGUCUAUCCCUUAAUGGCCAACGGUUCUCUGCUAGACCGGCUAGCUUGCUUGGAGGGAACUCCACCGCUGUGCUGGCGACAGCGGUGCUUGAUAGCUGAAGGGACAGCAAGUGGCUUGGAGUAUCUGCACAGCAGCCAUCAUGUCCACAGAGAUGUUAAAAGUGCAAAUAUCCUGUUGGAUGAAAGAUUCGUAGGAAAGAUCUCCGACUUCGGGCUGACGAGAGCAUCGGCCAAGCGGACUUCAACGACCGUGAUGACGGAGAGGAUCGUGGGUACCUGUGCGUACAUGGCACCUGAGGCGCUAAGGGGAGAGAUCACACCCAAAUCUGAUGUGUUCAGCUUUGGAGUGGUGUUGUUAGAAAUAUUGUCUGGACUCCCGCCAGCCGAUGAAAACCGUGAGCCGCAGUUACUGAUGGAUAUGAGAUACGAUAUCGAUGAUGAAGACGAGGAGCUGACCUUAGAGGGCUUCCUGGACAAAAAGAUGGGCGACUCGGAGAUGAGCCAGGCGGAAAGCAUCUACACUUUGGCCUGCAACUGUCUCCACGAAAGGAAAAACAGGCGGCCAGUCAUCAAGCAGGUCCUGUUGGAGGUUAAAGGAGUUGUCAAGAGCAUUUCACUGGAUUUUAAGGCACAGGAGUGAGAUUUCUGAGCCUGCUGCAGUCACAGUGCUGACAAAUACAUUUCAUUCUCACCAGUUUCAGAGAAAUUGAUGAUGCUCGUUGACGGCGUCUGACAAAGAAGUAUUUUUUUUUGCAACAAUCUCUUUCGCGAUAACAAUUUCCAUCUUAAAUUACUAUAUUUUUUGUAUGAAGCAUGUAGCUUAUUUGUGUAACUGUUACAAAAACACUGCAUUUUGUGAGCCUGAGUCAGAAGAUUUGACGGCUUAUUAUGGUUGCUACUGUUUCUCAUCAUGUAUUUAUUGUGUAGAAAUGAAUAAAAAGAAAGAAACUGAAAAUGUAUCAUUUAAAUAUUUUAUUUUCUUCAUUAAAAGAAAGAUUUGUAAGAAAACAA